AUGAAUCCUGUUAUCAUUCAAUCUGAAGGAGUUUUCAAUAUUGGUAUUCUCCUCUCUGAGACCAAUUAUGAUAUUUGGUCCCAAUUGAUGGAAAUGCACAUUGCUGAAAGAGAAAAGCUCUCUUAUAUUCGAGGCAAGAUGAAGAUACCAGAAGCAUCUGAUGUGGGUUAUGAGAAGUGGUAUGCUGAAAAUCAAAAAGUCAAGCGAUGGCUCCUAAUGUCUAUGUCCCCAGAUAUUAUGAAAAGGUACAUUCGGAUCCCUACUGCUCAUGAAAUAUGGAGUGCUCUGUCUAAAACUUUUUAUGAUGGUGGUGAUGAGAUGCAAGUUUUUUCUUUAAACCAAAGAGCUUUCUCUGCUAAACAAAAUGGGAGAUCUCUUUCGGUGUAUUAUGGGGAAUUGACAGAAAUAUUUCAAGACUUGGACCAUCGUGAUAAAGUAAUUAUGAAACAUCCAGAUGAUAUUACAGCAUAUCGAGGUUCAAUUGAACGAAUCCGCAUUCACAUAUUUUUAGCUGGUCUGGACAAAGAAUUUGAUCAAAUUCGAAGGGAAAUUCUUUGCCUAGAACACAAAUCUAGUCUUGAAGAGUGUUACUCUAUAAUUCGGCGUGAGGCUAUGCGUCUGACUACAUUUAACGAGGAGAUUGAAAGAAACGAAGCUUCAGCGAUGGUUAGUCGACACCGACCUAUUCCCAUAGCACAAGGUCAAGUGCAAGAACGGCCAAAGACAAACAACUCAAGAAAAAAUAACCUUACUGAUAGACCUAAAUGCUCUCACUGUGACCAAAUAGGGCAUUCUAAGAAUCGUUGCUUUGAGUUGAUUGGAUAUCCAGAUUGGUGGGAUCCGAAUCGACAUCGGAAUACCAAGAGACCUCUCAUAGCUGCUGUUUCCCAAACUAAGGAAGAAGAUAGCACACCGUCAUCAGCAGCAUUAGUCACGGCUCCAAACUCGACAGAAAGAGCAGAAGAAAAAGCUCCAGAGUCUCCACCAAUCAAUUUACCAAAUGAAGAAGAGUCGUCUGCAUCGCCAGAACCAUAUAGAAAACAUCUACCUCUACGUCUCACUAGAGGAAAAGGGGUGUUGUUCUCUAAUAAUCCAAGACAGGUACACAUAGAUGUGUAUACUGAUGCUGACUGGGCAGGAGCCCUUGAUGAUAGACGAUCAACUUCAGGUCGUCACAAGAUAUUGCUCGUCGGCGAAGGAGAUUUCUCUUUUGCCGCUUCAUUAGCCUCCGCAUUCGGCAAUGCUUCUAAUAUGACUGCAACGUCUCUCGACUCCGAGGAGGUGUUGGGGAGAAAGCAUCGUACUGCAGCAGCAAACCUGGAUUUACUUAAAAACAAGGGUUGUACCGUAAUUCAUGAAGUGAAUGCUUGUACCAUGAGCCGGCACCCUCAACUCAAGAACAUGGAAUUCGAUAGAAUUGUGUUCAAUUUUCCCCAUGCUGGCUACACCGAGUCUGAAUACACUGCUUAUCAAAUAUCGCUGCACAAGAAGGUGGUUCGGGGUUUCUUUAAGAGUGCGUGCAAAAUGGUGAGCGCCGAAGGUGAGGUUCACGUGACGCACAAAACCACUUACCCAUUCUCAGAGUGGGAGAUAGAAAAAUUAGCAGAAGGAGCAGAACUCGAAUUAGUGGAAGAGGUGGAGUUUUACAUCUCCGAAUACCCUGGCUACAAGAACAAGAGAGGAGAUGGAAACCGGAGCAACUCUAGUUUCCCUGUAGGAGAAUGUUCGACUUUCAAGUUCGCCAAGUACUAUUGA